GAAUUCAAAUUCCAGUUACUCUAGAUACAGCAGUCCACAGAUAAACCUGCAUAAAUCACAACAAAAUUUGAAAAAACUAAAGAGAUAUUCAAAAACAAAAAUCCUUCACUUUCAAAAUUCUCAGCUUCUUCUUCUUCUUUGAAAUACAGGAAAUUCAGCUGAUCGAUAUCCAUUUCAAAAUCAAUGGAGGGGAGGAUGUACGAAUCCCAGCAGCAUUUGGUGGAUUUGCAAGACACCAGUGGUUUCGGGUCGGACCCGAAGUCAUGGCUCUCCGGCGACGACCUCAGCCGCACGCUCUCCUCUCUCUCCGCCGCCGCCGCCACCGCCUCCGCCACCGGAGGCGUCGAUCCGGUCCUCUUCAACGACCUCGUGGAGAUGGUCCCACUCGUCCAGUCGCUCAUUGAUCGGAAAUCGAAUUCCUCGUUCAAGCGGCGGGGUUCUAUGAUCUACACAAAGACGCCUUCUAGAGAAGCCCUCUAUAAAAAGACAGCUGGAAAGAGUGCUACUCUUCCAACAAAAAAGCCCAGGGACCAGGGAGACAGGACUGCAGCCGACAGUCCAGACACGGAGGACCUAUCAAUUUCUUCGAGGACGUUGCUCUCUGAAAAGGAUAGAGAAGAACUGAUGGCAUUGCGGGACCAAGUAGAGGAUCUGAAGAGGCAGUUAUCAGAAAAAGAUGAACUUUUGGGAUCAGCAGAACUCAUAAAGAAUGAGAUGACUUCAAUUCAGACAAAAUAUGAGGAACUUAAAAGUGAGGCUGCAGAAAAGGACUCACUAAUUAAGUCCACUCAACUACAGCUUUCCGAUGCAAAGGUUAAGCUUGCCGACAAACAAGCAGCUGUUGAAAAGUUACAAUGGGAGACAAUGACUUCCAACAAGAAAGCGGAGAGGCUCCAGGAAGAUCUAGAUAAGGUGCAAGGGGAGAUAUCAUCUUUUAUGAUAUUAAUUGAAGGCUUGAGAAGAGAUGACUCUGCCUUUUCUGCUGGAGAUUAUGAUGACGUCCUCAAUCCUAUUGAUCCGAAUCACGAAAUAGAUCAUGAAAUGGAUAUGCAGGAACUGGAAGCUGCAAGGGCAGCUUAUAUCACUGCUGUGACGGCUUCUAAAGAAUUGCAAAACGAAGAAUCUGUCUCUGCUGCUGCAAGAGCAAGGUUUCAUCUGCAGUCACUAGUCCUGCAACAGUCCUAACAGCCAGCGCGAGAGCCAACACGCAGCUUUGAGGCUUUGUUCUCUGAAACGUAUAUGUCUAUAGCUAUUGCAUGUCGUGUUAGGUAAAAUGAUUGGAAGGGCUUGUUGUGAAUUGAAGUGAUAUCUAAAUGAUUGCUGAUAUUUAUUUGGAAUAGAAUCCUUUAGGUAUUUCAGUAAACUGUAUUGCUGUAUGUUGAGAUGGUACUGUAAUUGAACAAGAUAUGGUUUUGUUAGCUCUCUCUCUCUCUCUCUCUCUCUCUCUCUCUCUCAAUUGAAAAAGUGAUUGUAGUA